UCGGUGUCUGCAUUUCUUCCACCAGUUACUCCUAGCCGGAAGCUGAAGCCAUGGCCCGCCUCUUGGUAUUGUGCACCUUCGCCGCUCUGGUGGCCUGCGCCAUGGCCUCCUCCCAGCUGAGCCUAUCGAGUUCGUCAUCAUCAAGACCAUCACAGGUCACAGUAGGUAGUGCAGGAAGCCACGUUGGAACCUGGGGAGGCUGGGGUGGCCACUAUCCAGGAGGCUAUUGGGGUGGUUACUAUCCAGGAGGCUACUGGGGUGGUUACUACCCAGGGGACUAUUGGGGCGGUUACAACCCAGGAGGCUACUGGGGUGGUUACUACCCAGGUCAUUGGGGUGGCAACUGGGGAGGCAACGGCCGGGGUCAGCUACAGCAGCAACAGCAGAGGCUGUAACUUCAUCGGCCGAAGAAAGGCAGUCCACCAUCAAGAACUACUCGGUAAUAAAAAAGCCUUUCAAGCUGGCUGCAAAACAUU